AUGGACGAGGACCAAACAAAGUGCUUAGAAGACGCUAUUUCAGUAGUCAAAGACGAGUCAUAUCAUAUGCAGAGGGCGCUUGAUUCCAAUAAUCUUAACGAAGCUUUAAAGCAUGCUUCUAAUAUGAUUGGCGAACUCCGCACUUCACUAUUGUCUCCUCGAUCUUAUUUUGAGCUCUACAUGCAAGUUUUCGAUCAGUUAAGCAGGAUAGAGGCAUACUUCCGAGAAGAGUCCAGAAGGGGGACAAGGAUUGUGGAGCUUUAUGAGAAAGUCCAGCAUACCAUCAGCAUUCUCCCUAGACUUUACUUGCUAAUCACGGUAGGAUCAGUUUAUAUACAGACCAAAGAACUUCCAGCAAAAGAUGUGCUGAAAGACUUGAUAGAAAUGGUUAAAGGAGUCCAGCAUCCUCUCAGAGGGUUAUUUUUAAGAUAUUACCUCAACAAGGUCUGCAAGGACAAACUCCCUGACAAAGGCUCAGACUUUAGCGAUGGAGAUGUUACAGACUCAAUUGACUUUUUGAUACAGAAUUUGUCUGAGAUGAACCGUCUUUGGAUCAGAAUGCAGCACACAGGGUCUGUGAAAGAUAAGAAUAAAAGGGAAAAAGAAAGAAAUGACUUAAGAGUUACUGUAGGAGAAAAUAUCAACAGAUUAUCAAGUUUACAAGGAGUUAAUAUUGACCUUUACCAAGAAUUAGUGAUGCCUAAAAUAAUGGAAAUUGUGGUAUCAAAUAAAGACGCGAUUUCUCAGCAAUAUUUAAUGGACUGUGUUAUUCAAGCGUUUUCUGAUGAUUACCAUUUACAGACACUUCAGCUGCUCCUUGAAACUUGUAGCAAUUUACAGCCAACAGUUGACAUUCAGUCAAUUGUGAUAACCCUUUUGAAUAGGCUUUCAGACUAUGCUGGAGAAGCUGAGCUUGAUGUUUUGCAGAAUAUUGAUGUUUUUGGACUAGUAAAAGCUUAUAUUGAUAAAGUGAUAUCCGAACAAGAAAGCUCCCUGGAUACUAAAAAACUGCUAUUGUUAGAAGUCGCUUUUAUGAAGCUUUCACUGAAAUGCUACCCAUUAGAUACAAAUAACGUUAACACCAUAUUGGAAUCUUGUGUUUCCCUAAUGGACAAAAGUACUCCAGAAAACCGGUCACAUCCAGAAUCGCUUAAAUCGAUCGUGAAGCUCUUGUCAUUCCCAUUGGAAACUUUAUCCUUCGCAAUUUUGACUAUGAAUAAUUAUCCAAAAUUGAUGACUUACCUACCUUUUUCUUCAAGAAAGCAAGUAGCAUUCAAAAUCGUCCAAUCAGUUGUAGUAAGCAAGAAAUUCCUUGACACACUGGAGACAACUACACAGUUACUUGAAUUUGUCUCGCCGUUACUUUAUGAUACAAGUGACUCAGAAGAAGGAUUUGAUGCUUAUGAGUUCGAAGAUGAACAAAAUAACAUGGCAAAACUGGCACAUCUAGUAAAAUCAACUGACCUAGAUACUCAAUAUAAAAUUUUAAGCCUUCUUAAGCAAAGGUUUUCACAAGGUGGGGAUAAAAGAAUCAAAUAUACUUUCCCAGCCUUGAUUUUUGCUUUUAUUAAUUUCGCUAGACUUCUGAAUGCUUCUGAGGAAAGCUGGAAUACUAAACUUGAACAAGUUUUAGAGGUCUUAGCUGAGCUUGUGAGCAAAACUUCAGAAAAUAACCCAGAUCUUGCAUUAAAACUGAAUUUGCAAUGUCUGCAACUCAUAAACCAAUUCCAAAACAAAAAGUUCCAGCACACUGCUUUAGAGUUUGUAGAGCAAGCCUUUUAUGUCUAUAAAGAAGAGCUUGCUGACUCAUACGCAAAACACGCUGCAAUUAACUUAAUUUGUGCAACUUUAGUAACUUUGAACUGUUUUGAUGACGAAACUUCUGAUUCGCUCGUGAAGUUAUGCACCCAACAGUCAUUAAGACAGCUGAAAAAGCAAGACCAAUGUUUAGGACUGUGCUUAUGCACUCAUUUAUUCUAUAAUGAAUUCAGCCAAAACGAAAGAAUAGUAAGUGACUGCUUAGGAAAAGCUGCAAAAAUUGCUGAAAUCUGCAUUACUCAUAAGAAUUCUGUUAAUUUAUAUGUGACAUUGGUCAAUAAGUUCCUUUAUUAUAUGCUGCAAGGUGUUAGCACAUUAGAAGAAGAUACUGUGAACCAGCUUCUCCAAGCUACUAAAGAAGGUAUUGCGACUGCAGAAAAAGAAGGAGACAGCAGAGUUAAUGUUAAAGAGCUAAAAUCGUACUUAAGAGCUACCUUAAACUACAUUAAAGCAAGACAGCAAGAAGGAAAGCUAAGCGGAGUCUCAGUUUAA